GCCGAUUUUCACACAGAAAAUGUGGCUUAUGUAUUAACAUUUACUUAUGUACUUAAAUUCACAGCUUUGUUUUUGUUGUUUAUGCAUAAAUGUUACUUAAUACCCAAUACCAUAUUACCAGAAAGUGUACUAUUGCAAAAAGCAAAGGAUUUCUGUUUUAUUAUCCAUACAAAAACAACAAGGGACAAAAUUAAUUUUGAUAUAGUUUUUACUUACAGGUCCAAUACAAAGCGAAUUACAAACAGGUAGUGGAUUUUAGUGUAUCUGAAUUCCUAAACCCACUAUACUGGUCUAGUCUCAGUUGUACAACAUGGGAAACAUAAACUGCAUCAGUAGUACAAACUUGUGGAAGAAACAACCACUACAAGACCAACAACUGAAGAGUUUGGCGUCGAACCUGCAGCACUCGGCCAUGUUUUUGGGAGUUGUGCCUUUGGAGAUUGAAAUAAACAAAAUCGAUGAAAUAAUCACAACAUUAAAACCUGGUUUCCAACAACCAGUUACCAAUACAAAAUCUAUUUGUUGUGAAGUCGCGAUCAAGCAUGAACUUUUGCGUGAAUGGCAAAGGACAUGUAAACGGCCAACUGCAGGACACCUUUAUAAACUACUAACUAAUGCUGGUUACUCUGUUACCAGUUAUGGCAGUAUCCUUAACUCUAAUGAAGCAAGUGACAAUACUGAAGUGGUUAAGUAUGAUGACUGUUCAAACUGCCUACCAAGGCAAAAUGAAUAUGUUAAAUACAAACCGUGGGAGUCACCUCUUUUAAAUUUAGCUUCAAACAGAGUACAGCGUUACAAGUCAAGCAUUAAAAAAAAAGAAAAUCCUAGCGAAGCAUCCAAAAAAAGGGAGAAGCCAUGUUUUGCUACUAAAACAGUUACAUUUUCAUUAGAAUCAAAUGAAAAUGAAUUUAUUAAUGUUGCCGAUGGAUGCUCACAGACUUAAUAUUUGAUGCUGAAAAAUUAGCUCUUGUAUUAUCAUAUGCCUUAAAAAUUGUGUUUGUAAAAAUUUUUUUU